GUUUCCUUGUUGCGAUCUAUUUUUGCAACUUGUAUUGUGCUCUUAUUUUCACAAACUACUAGGGAUUAUUUCUAGAUAAUGCCACUGACUCUAGUCUAGCAAAUACGGUGCUGACCAUUUAAUUGCACAGGGUUGGAAAGGGAUUUGUUUUACAGGAGGCAGUUUCUCUGUAUUAGGCAGUAUAGGUUGUAUAGGCAAUAUUGCACAUACCUGUAUUAUUGAAGAUAGCUUAUAUCUUUUUGAGCAGGUAUGGCAGUGAGGUGGUGUUCCUUUGGGUUUGUGUUGUUGGUAGUGUUCGCAUGUUGUGCUGAUGCACAGCCUAACUUGAGGCUUCCUUCGUACAACAACCCCCAACCCCAAAUUACAACCUCCACGCCUAGACAGCCCCAAUGGCCAGAGCCCCAGUGGCCACAGCUGCAGACUCCCCAAAGACCAGAGCCCCAGAGGCCACAGCUGCAGACUCCCCAGAGACCAGAGCCCCAGAGGCCACAGCUGCAGACUCACCAGAGGUCAGAGCCACAGGGACCACAACUACAGACUCUCCAGAGGCCAGAGACCCAGAGGCCACAUCUGCAGACUCCCCAGAUGCCACAGCUGCAGACUUCUCAGAGACCAGAGCCCCAGAGGCCACAGCUGCAGACUCAGCAGAGGCCAGAGCCCCAGGGACCACAACUACAGCCUCUCCAGAGACCAGAGCCCCAGAGGCCACAGCAGCAGACUCCCCAGAGACCAGAGCCCCAGAGGCCACAGCAGCAGACCCCCCAGAGACAAGAGCCCCAGGGGCCACAGCAGCAGGCUCCCCAGAGGCCAAAGCAGCAGACAUCCCAGAGACCAGAGCCCCAGGGGCCACAGCUGCAGACUCCCCUGAGACCAGUGCACCAGUGGCCACAGCUGCAGACUCCUCAGAGGCAACAGCAGCAGACUCAUCAGAGACCAGAGCCCCAGUGGCCACAGCUGCAGACUCCUCAGAGGCCACAGCAGCAGACUCCUCAGAGGCCAGAUCACCAGGGGCCACAGCUACAGACUCCCCAUAGGCCAGAGUCCCAGUGGCCACAGCAGCAGACUCCUCAGAGGCCAGAUCACCAGGGGCCACAGCUACAGACUCCCCAGAGGCAUGAGCCCCAGUGGCCACAGCUACAGACUCCCCAGAGACCAGAUCACCAGAGGCCACAGCAGCAGACUCCCCAGAGACCAGUGAUCCAGGGACCACAGCAGCAGACUCCUCAGAGGCCAGUGAUCCAGGGGACACAGCAGCAGACUCCUCAGAGACCAGAGCCCCAGUGGCCACAGCAGCAGACUCCGCAGAGACCAGAGCCCCAGUGGCCACAGCAGCAGACUCCCCAGAGACCAGAGCCCCAGUGGCCACAGCAGCAGACUCCCCAGAGGCAAGAGCCACAUGGGCCACAGCAACAGAAUCCCCAGCGGCCAGAGUCCCAGUGGCCACAGCAGCAGACUCCUCAGAGGCCACAGCAGACUCCCCAGCGGCCAGAGUCCCAGUGGCCACAGCAGCAGACUCCCCAGCGGCCAGAGUCCCAGUGGCCACAGCAACAGACUCCUCAGAGGCCAGUGAUCCAGGGGCCACAGCAGCAGACUCCCCAGCGGCCAGAGUCCCAGUGGCCACAGCAGCAGACUCCCCAGCGGCCAGAGUCCCAGUGGCCACAGCAACAGACUCCUCAGAGGCCAGUGAUCCAGGGGCCACAGCAGCAGACUCCCCAGCGGCCAGAGUCCAAGUGGCCACAGCAGCAGACUCCUCAGAGGCCAGUGAUCCAGGGGCCACAGCAGCAGACUCCCCAGCGGCCAGAGUCCCAGUGGCCAGCAGUAACCCAAACUCCAGAUCAGAGAUGUCAAGUACCGGUUCGGGAUAUAGUGCAAUGUGGAACCCCAGAUAUUACUCCAUCUCAAUGUCAGGCUAUCUACUGCUGCUUCAAUGGACAGCAGUGCUACUAUGGGAAGGCAGUGACUGUGCAGUGUACCAGGGAUGCUCAGUUUGUGGUGGUGGUGGCCAGGGAUUCCACUUGGCCCAAAAUAGACAUUGAUUCCAUCAGUCUGUUGGGGGGAAAUGACCGCCCCUGCAGUCCUGUUGGCAUCACUUCAGCCUUCGCCAUAUACCAGUUCCCUGUCACUGCCUGUGGCACCACUAUAAAGGACGAAAGUGGUUAUGUGGUUUACGAGAACAGGAUGGCAUCUUCCUAUAACGGGGUGGGCCCUCGAGGCUCUAUCACCAGGGACAGCCAUUUUGAGCUGCUGUUCCAGUGUAAGUACUCUGCCACUGCAGUAGAGGCUCUGGUUACUGAGGUGAACACUGUUCCUGCACCCGCUCCUGUUGCUGCUCCGGGACCCCUCAGAGUGGAACUGAGACUGGCCAAAGGAACAUGCGACACCAAGGGGUGUAAUGACGAGUCGAGAUCCUUCACAUUGUAUUACACUGAGGAAGACUACCCCAUCACUAAAGUCUUGAGGCAGCCUGUGAACGUUGAGGUUCGCAUCCUGGAGAGGAUGGAUCCCAACCUGUUCCUGAUGCUGGAGCACUGCUGGACCACCUCUGAGCCCAGCCCUGUCAGCAUGCCCCAGUGGGAUCUCAUCAUUGAAGAUUGUUCCUACCCGAAUGAUAAUUACCUGACCACCAUGGUCCCUGUGGAACGUUCCUCUGGCCUUCUGUACCCCAACCACUACAAACGCUUUACCCUCGAGAUGUUCACCUUUGUGGAUCACACUCGGUCUCCCCAGAAAGAGCGGAUUUUCAUCCACUGUAGUACAUCUGUGUGCUACCCUACGCCAGGGGUCUCCUGUGAACCGAAAUGCAACAGGCAAAGGAGAGAUGUUGCUGCUGCUCAGAGGAAGACUAUACAGACUGCUGUGGUCUCCAGUGGAGAAGUGGUCCUGGUUGACAAAAAGCCUGUCUCCCUUUCAGACCACUAAUUCAACCAGCUACAGUUUGUAAUGGGGUAUGAAAUAAUGUACUCCGUUACUUCCAUACCUGUUACAGCAGAGGUACUGAAAGGCAUUUUUCUUGCCGAUUCUUUCUUUGUUCUUGAUUUGGAAGAAACGUGUCUCUUAUAAGCGUCCGUGUCCAGUUGCCGGUGGUACUCCAAAAAAUCUGAGAAUAUUCAGAAAGAUAUUAAAUCCACUUUUUGCACAGAGUGAGAGGUGGCCUCCCGAUUUUAGCUGCCAGACAUCUUGCAUUUCCCAACAUCUUUGCAGGAACUAGUCGUUUCUAUGCGACGUGGCUGACAGCAUGUCACACAGUGCGUCCAAAACAAAGAUCUAUACACGUGCAAGAGGCGUUUCUCAAUCUAUGCAAAACGUGGAUAUAAUAUUUUUCUGAAUAUCCUCUCUCUUUUUUAGUUGCACUUGCAACUAGACACAGAAGUACUCCAGGCAUUUCCUACAUACACUGGAACCUUUCGAACAAAUAACGAAGAAAGUAUCACCAAGUUCCUUGGAAAUAUACCGAUUACAGCAAGACAGCAGCUCAGACACAAACUUUAACUCUAUAUGGUUAUAAUACAACAUGGGCUCCUGAUUUUGCUACGUAUUUAUUGUUUCUAAUAAA